UCCGAUGAUGAUGACCACGUGCCAUCAAGCUGAGAAUGAACCUCGGGCCAUAUUGUGUCGCAGGUGGCCGACUUGUCUCGACUGGUCAUUGCAAACCGAGACCAAGAUGUUGCUGGAGCUACGAGACGAAUACAAGAGCCUUCACGAGACCGAAAACAGCUUCUUUUUCUUCGGCGUCGCAGCAGGAGGUGGGUCAUUCGAAGGCGACGGCGAUAAAUCAGAGGAGGUUUACAGAUACGUUAUGAGCCAUGUUAUUCCGGACGCAGUGCUAUACCGGUCCUCUCGGACAGACCAUGACCUGGAGAUCGAAUGCAAUUAUGGUCCACCAUCGAUGUGGAUUAAAACUAACGAUAGCUCACCAUCAACAAUGUCAUUUGAAGCCGCGCUCAUGCUGCGACGUAUGAGCAUCUGGCCCUCAACUCUCGUACAAAUGAUGUCUUUCUCUCCGGCAGUUGCCUACAUCACGGACAGCAGCAGUGCUUUCUGGUAUGGUCACAUGUGCGACGGGUAUUACCUGAAGCCUGCUAGCUUCAAGUGUGCUCCGGAGAAUCCAAUUCGCGACGCUGUCCCGACCACAUCACCAAACGGAAUGGACAUCUACCGCAUCGGUGCGGAUCCAACCAAUGAAGCUGAGCGUAGAUGUGUCGCGUACGACGAUGCGACUAUGGAGAGAAAGAUGUGCAAGACCAACCUGGAGCACGGCUUCAGCGGCGGAUGGGCAAUGUUGCACCUGGAAUACUCUAUCCUAGAUAGAAAAGGCUGUGGUGACCUCAACUAUACUGGAAACUACCAGCAAGUUCAAUUAUUACGGGAUCUCAUGAAACGGAACUUUACGGCCAAAGACUGCCCAUGA